CAUGCAUAAAAAAAAUGACCCUGAUGUUGACAUCAUUUUGGAAGAUAUUAUUUUUAUCUAUAAUUAUGUUUUUAACAUCAUAUAUAUGCGGUUUGGUUCCGUUAUUAAUAAAUUUCUCUCAGAAAAAAUUGAAACAAUUAACAAUAUUUGGAGCUGGGAUACUUAUUGGAACAGCUUUAGGAAUUAUCAUCCCCGAAGGUAUUGAGACCUUGAUGCUUCCAAUAAAGGAUGUAUCACAAAAUCAAUCUUCAUUGAUAGGGUUAUCCUUAAUUUCUGGUUUCAUCUUUAUGUUAAUAGUUGAUUUCAUUAUAGAAAAUAUACCAAAAAGAAAUAAUAGCAAUUUUCUCAUAUCCAAUGGAAACUCUAAUUUCAAAAUAAGCACUACGAUUGGCUUGGUAAUACAUUCUGCCGCUGAUGGUUUAGCAUUAGGUGCUGCUGCUAGCACAGAAAGAAUUGACGUUGAAAUUGUCGUUUUCAUAGCUAUUCUACUUCAUAAGGGACCCGCCGCUUUUACUCUUACAACGUUUCUAGUUCAAGGCGGUUUAAAUAGAGACAGUAUCCGGAAGCAUCUUUUGAUAUUCACAAUGGCGGCCCCAGUAUCUGCCAUCUUUACAUUCCUCAUUCUGAACUCAAUGAAUCAAUAUUAUGACCACUUCUCUUUAAAUCGCACUGAAAACAUUAAUCCACCUUACACUCCUCUAUAUCCUGCCUUUUCCAUGAACGGUAACUCAACUUCUCAUCACCUAUUCACCUCUUCGAAUUCUCCCAGUCACGCAACCGCUAUGGCCAUGCUAUUCAGUGGGGCUACAUUUCUCUACGUCGCCGCUUUUCACAUCUUGCCAGAAACAGACUUUUUGGAACAUUCGCCUCAUAAUAAUAACGUCAAUCAUUAUUCCAAAACUCCACGAAGGAAUACCACAGUGCCAUCAAUGAUGAAUUUAGGCAAUGAACAUUCUUUAUUACGAAUGGAUAUCGCAGAUGAAAAAAUCGAAGUGGAAAACGAAGCAGAUGAUUUGACAAAGAUUUUACUAUCACCGACAAAACAACUAAAUGUUAAUGUUUUAAAAAAUAUUAAUGACGAUUCUGAAAUUGGAUGCUUUAGGAAAUAUCUAUUGUUCCUUUCGGGUUUGGUGUUUCCCAUAGUUAUAUCCACUAUCACAAUGGAUCAUUCACAUUGAAAUUAGCUAUUUUUUGAAAUGAUUAAGGUAAUCAUGGUAUUAUGAAUUAAUCAAAUAAAAUCGAACAACUCUAUAAAAUUUUAAUGGUAAAAAAUAAAAUGCUCAAUUUCCAAUAAGAUUAAAAAAUAAUAAUCGCAUUUUUGCAGAACCUUUUAAAAUACGG